AUGCGUGCGCACUAUAUUGCUCUAGACCUGGUUGAACGGUCCACUAGAACAUACAGACAGGCCUUGCUUGAGACCUGGGAAGAAAUGUGUCCAAACAGACCUUCGUAUGCUCAGUUAUUGUCAAAUAGAGUGAGAUGGAUGCUGAAGGGCGAAAAACUAUCUCGUGCUGAAAUGGAAAACAUCAGAGUUAGCUGCUAUCCACUUGAAACACCACAAGAACAGUGCUCUCAAGCAGAAGGAAAUAAUAGUCGUAGAUCACUGCUGAGAGUAAGGCACAGCGGGCUUUUCGUGAGAAAUGAACAGACUGAGACGAUUGAACAACAAUUUCUUCAGAAUCUCAUGAAAUUUUCGGGUAUAAAUCCCGAGAGUAGACCGAAAAUACCACGGCUGCAGCACUCAAAACAGGUUUUGGAGACGGUUAAAUGUCUCAAUUCAGUGCUUUCUGGACAUCUGGAAAAUGUUGACACACUCAUUGGGCUGGUGGAUAUUGUGUAUGCCGGAGCUGCUACAAUCUGUGAAAUGCAUGGAGAGAGAGUAGGUGAACACAAAGCUAGAAGACUGGCUGCUCCUCCUCCUUGGAAGAGACGUCUAGAAGAAAAAAUUGUUUCAUUGAGGAAGAAAAUAGGAAAACUCCAUACUUACCUGAAAUCACCAAAUCCAUCAAGCAAGAUCAUCAAAGCUGCCAGAAAAACGGCUUCCGAGUUCAAGAUCAAACGGAAGGACCCAAAUUACCAAGAAAAAAUCUCAGUGCUCUGCGAUCAUCUGAAACAAAAGAUAAAAGCAUUAGGCAGUCGCAUACACCGGUACAAUGAAAGAGUUAAAAGACACAAGAAUAAUAAGAUGUUUUUUCAAAAUCAGAAGAAAUUUUUCAGAGACCUCGAGGAAAAUAGUGCCGGGAAAAGUAGCCAACUUCAACUUAAGUCAGCUGAAAAGUUUUGGAAUGAAGUGUGGUCUAAGAAAACCACAUACGACGAGAAUAUUCCUUGGAUACAAGAAGCUACAUCCAAAAUCCCAGUAGUCAAAAUGGAUGAAAUUUACAUCACGGGAUCUGAUGUUGCAGACGUCUUGAGAGGAUCCAAUAACUGGGCAACCCCAGGGUGCGACAACCUGCACAAUUAUUGGUGGAAGCACUUCACCAAUGUCCACGAAGCUCUGUCAAUACUACUAAGAAGAUCUUUAUCAGAUCCCAACCUAAUUCCAAACUUCUUCACUCAGGGCCAAACAUAUUUAAUUCCGAAGGGUGGAGAUCCUGCAAACCCUCAAAAUUACCGCCCAAUUACAUGUCUCCCUACAGUGUAUAAAAUAUUGACAGCUAUUAUCACGAAACACGUAAACAAACACCUACGAACACACAAUCUCAUGGCUCCAGAACAGGGUGGUGGGCGAAUUAAAACAAAAGGCUCCAAGGAGCUCCUGGUUAUUGACUACAUAAUCACUAAACAGGCACGUAAGAAACUGAGGAAUAUCUCAGUCGCGUGGGUAGACUAUCACAAAGCGUUUGACUCGGUACCUCACUCCUGGCUGCUAAGGGUUCUCGAAAUUCAUGGCAUCGAUAAGGGAAUCAUCAAUCUCUUGGAAUUCCUAAUGUGUUCCUGGAGAACCUCCCUCUCUGUCCGUGUUGGAGAUGAGAUAAAAAAGUCGAACAAUAUCGAGAUAAAUCGAGGUGUUUUUCAGGGCGAUACUCUCAGUGCUGUCUGGUUCUGUAUGGCACUCAAUCCUCUGAGCAUGCUACUCAAGAACACAAAGUACGGAUACAUCGUUGACAGGCCUAGACAAAUCCGAGUUAAUCAUAGUUUGUAUAUAGAUGAUCUCAAAUUAUAUGGAGCCAACUCUGAUCAGCUGAGAAGACUUCUAGAAAUAGUCUCGCAGUUCAGUGACUCUAUCGGUAUGAGUUUUGGGAUUGAAAAGUGUGCGACCCUGGACGUGAUACGCGGAAAAAUCCAAAACGAAAGGCUUGCAACGACGUUGAUGAAUCAGACAGUCAUACCAUCUUUGGGCGUAGGAGAUUCAUACAAGUAUUUGGGAGUCCAGCAAGCUUUGGAUAUUCAGACAUCGGAAAUGAAGAAAAUGUAUAAGCAAAGAUUGAUCAAAAGAAUAACAAUCCUUCUGAAGUCGAAAUUGAAUGCUCGAUCACUUUUUACUGCCAUUAAUAUCUGGGCAAUGCCCACAAUAACAUACUCAUUUGGGAUUUUGACUUGGUCGACAACGGAACUGAAGGAAAUGGAUAGAGUGAUAAGAUCCCUACUGACACAAUCUGGAGUACACCAUCCCCACUCAUCGGUGAUCCGCCUGUACCUGCCACGCCAUCAAGGGGGCCGGGGCUUGCUUAGCUUGGAGGAUGUCCACAAGGAAAAUAUAAAAUCAUUACGGAAGUAUUUCCUUGAAAGAAACUCACCAUUUUUCCGGGCAAUCCGUGAAGCGGACCAACAUCUGUCGGCUCUAAGACUCUCAGAACCAGACGUUCAAUGUUCUGAUCGAUCAAUGGAGCAGCUAAUUGAAGAAUGGAAUGCUAAAGCAUUACAUGGAAGAUAUCCUGGAUGCCUGGAAAAAGAGGAAGUUAAUAGGGUGGAGUCAUUGACUUACCUGAGAGCCGGAUACUUGUAUCCAGAAACCGAAGGUAGGCUCCUGGCAAUACAGGAUCAGGUAAUGCCAACCAGGAUGUACCAGAAACACAUCGCUAAGCUGGACAUUCCCUCCGACCGCUGUCGCAAAUGUCUCCGGGCUCCUGAGACGAUACAACAUAUAACAUCUUCCUGUCCCAUCUUGGCACCAAGAGAGUAUCUUGAGAGACAUAAUUCCAUGGCAAGAAUCUACCAUCAGAAGAUAGCACUGAAUUUGGGUUUGCUCCGGGAUGAAACCCCAAACCAUCUAUAUGCCCCGAAAACUCUGAUGGAAAAUGCGAGAUAUAAACUCUACUGGGACUCUGCAUUAGUAACGGACAGAAAUGUGAUGCAUAAUAGACCCGACAUCACACUUUUCGACAAUCAAAGAAAAACGUGUAUGUUGUUGGAGUUCACAAUCCCGGCAGAUGACAACAUUACAAGAGCAUACACUGAGAAAAUUACGAAAUACGGUGAUCUGGCAUUUCAGCUAAAGGAGAUGUAUGACCUGAAAAAAAUUAGUAUUCUUCCAUUAAUAAUAUCAACUAAUGGAAUGGUGGAAGCGCACUUACCUGAGAACACAAAACGAUUGUGUCUGCAACCUGAUGUUGUCUCUACCUCCCAGAAGCAGGUCAUCUUGGGUACAACCCGAAUUGUUAGGAAGUUUCUGCAAGGUUUCUGA